CGCAGAAGGUCAGGACGAUCGACGGCGCGCCGCUCGACACUUUCACCUUCCCGAAGAACCACAAGGUCAUCAUGGCGACCUAGGAAGAGCCGGGGAAUUUCGCAGAACGGGUCGACCAAUACCGCAAGGACAACGAUAACAACCCCGAAACGCAGCCGUUCGGGCCACCCAACACGCUCCGUUUCGGGGCGAUGUUGGACGCGCCGGCAACCAUUCCCGAGGUAGUCGGCACCAACAUGACGGCCAUCAAGAAGCUCGUGGAGGACUUCAACGCCUGCGAGAAGCCAGAGGACGCGGAGCAGCCGAUCAGGGUUGGCAGGAUCGCGAAGACGGCGCAGGACGACCAGGUGAAGCUGAUUCUGGGUAUCCAGUCCCUGGGAGACAGGCGGUCUCCACUGCUGGGCGGGCUUCGCCAAUUGGGAGGACGUCACCUACGCGGAGCGGCACCGCCAGGCUACAUGGAGGAAAAUCUUCAGGAAUGGACGGACGGGCUUGAGGGCCAUGUGCAGUGAUUGCUAGAAAGCUCAGGGACCUACCGCCCGAGGACCGCGAGGUCCUAAACUUGGUAGGUGUUCGUUGCCACUGGAUUCGCAUGCGGCGUAUUUCGUUUUAUUCGUCUGCAGCGGUUUGGGCGCAUUCCGUCUUAUUCGAAUAGGUGUUCGCUGCCGCGGAUUUGCGACGCCAUCGCCGACGCUUGCGCUUGCAACAGAGUAACAGUGUGGGGCAUUUCGUUGAUGUGCCGCGCUCAUUGUCAACAAUUUCGCUAACUCC